AUGGCAGAAAAGAUAAGGAUGCAUGGAGGUGGCCAACUGACCACGCCAGAGGAACACCAAUGGUUUUCUUGGAAGCUAGCACAAAGAGACGCCCAACUUGCCAAGGUUCAAAGUUUCCAGGGCAGCGAUAUUCAGACUGGCAUAUGGCACGACACCAAGAUACAGUUAUGGAUUCAUUUUGACACAGACGACACAGAAGGUGACUUAGGCACGGUCCUAUGCCCAGGACUAGUGAUCAGGAUCAGCAACGAUGACUUCUUCAGUGCCGCAAAUGCUCUGGAGCACCUGAAGUCUCCACACACGCGUGAACACGGAGAUUGGGGGGCAACUAUUUACCGACCACCAGAGACUGGAGAGCCGGCAAUGGCAAUACUUGAGCAUGCCAUUCCCCAUUCCGACUUUGACCAAUGGAAUGGCCGUACUCACUUUAAAUGCACCAUCAACCUACCCACAGAGGACGUGACAUCAACCGCGGCCGAAUCUGUAACCAGACGUCUUGAGAAUGAUUUCGAUGCUGCCGCUCAGAAGGAGCUGGAACAUGUUCUGGGAGCCAAAUCAUCCACGACAGUGAACCCGACGACGUUUCCCAUUCGCAGCAUUCUGCUAGGAGAUGACAACAAUGAACGACAUCGCUUGCUAGCAAAAGAGGUCGACUUGGGCCCAGAAUUUCAACGCUUGACGACGGCCCAGCGGGACGCCAUCAAGAAGGUCUACGAUUUCCUUGUAUCGAAGGGCCUGCUGGCACAGGAAAAACAGAAGUUAUCACCUCCCUUUAUUGCCAAUGACAUCGUCCGCCGACUUCCUGGUGCGUUUCCCGGGCAUGACUUGACUGAAGACCUUGUCAGGAUCUUCUCACACCCCCAAAGUGAAGUCCAUCAGAUGCCGAACUCGACCCCGAAGGACAUUGAGGAUUUUGUGCUGUACGAUCAAUGCCUGAAAACAGCCGAGAAGGAGUCGUGGCAAGCGUUGGAACUUGACCUGACCUCCAGGGUUUUCAAUGGCAUUCAAUGCCUCGGAACAACUGGAAAAGCAACACAUACUACAGACGAGGAGAAUCACACCGCCCAGCAUGACAAGCUAGUUACGGCCAGUCUUAAACGACGUCGCAUAUGGGUCAUGACGUCUAUGGCCUCAAGACUCCGGCUUUGUCGGCGAACAAACUUGUUUCGAAGAAAUGGGCUGUAA